UGCGAUCACUACAUUUGGGAAGUUUUCUGGCCAUGAAAAUAAAACAACCAAGAAAGUUCUCUCCUACUAUUAAAUGACAAAGGCCUCAACUACAUACACAAUUUAACCUCUCUCCUGAUGGUUUCACCAAUUUGACCUAUUUAUAAAUAGGUAUGUCCCGAUACCAUUUAUUUAGUACGAGCACUGACAUUUGAGUACUUGCCAAUACUAGUACUUAAUAAAAUAUCACAACAAACAUGUUUCCUUGUUUAUCGUUACGUUCUGGGACCACACGCAAUAGUUGAAUGAGUAUUUAUGUCAAUAACACAUCAAACAUAUAUAUGACAACUUUUUCAUCAUCAACUUGAGCUGAGAGAUCAAAAAGGAGCAGAGAGAGAAACAGUUCUGAUUAUUUUGGGGGUUUUUUUGUAUUUGCUUUUCCCACAGGUUUCACAGUUUUAGGUGUGACUGUGACUGUGUUUUGCCAACACAACCGCACAUAACCGUGCGGUCAUGUGAUCAUAUCCAACCUCACCGCAUGGCGGGACAGAGUUGUUUACAGAUGAAACGGAUUGAAAAUGUCACUCAGCAAUGCAGACUAUGCUGAUACAGAAGAAGAGGAAUACCCCUGGCCUCACAUUAAAGGCAAGGUUCACUUUUAAAACUUCUUCUUUGUUUGCCUAAACAAAGGGAGAGUUCAGCAUUCAAGAACUCAACUUCUAACUUGAGGAAACAUGUACAGUAGCGGUCAGAGGACUCUUCACUUCUGUAGUGAUGUCUUAGAGACGGUGGUGCUUGUCAACCCAUCGCAAGACUGCAUUCUGACAGAGAUCCAGUCUUUGGUCACAGACUCGGCAGGACACAAGCUCCUGGUCUUGAGUGGCCAAAUCCCUGAUCACAGAGGCCUUCUUCUUCAAACUGGGAUUUUCACAUACCAAACAUUUUCAAGCGUCUUUGAUGGCCCCACGGUCAAACAAUUGGUGGGGGCAGCAACCCCAAAGCAUGAGGCUACACUAACGGUGUCUUGCCGUGGUGUCGGGAGCUGGAAUUCCUUGGGACAACUGCCUACUCUUCACGCCUUCCUAGAAUACAAGCUAAAUCCUGCACCAGUCCUGCCCCGUAUGGAGGGUAUCAGCGAGUUCUCGGACUAUGUCUGUGAGACAGUGGAUGUCCCCUCACCGUUUGAUCUGUUGGAGCCGCCAACAUCUGGAGGUUUCCUAAAACUGUCCAAGCCAUGCUGUUACAUCUUCCCUGGGGGACGAGGAGACUCGGCUCUGUUUGCUGUGAAUGGCUUCAACAUCUUAGUGGAUGGUGGAUCUGAAAGAAAGUCCUGCUUCUGGAAGUUGGUGCGCCACCUGGAUCGUAUUGACUCAGUUCUUUUGACCCACAUUGGUGCUGAUAACCUCCCUGGUAUCAAUGGGCUUCUUCAGAGAAAGAUUGCAGAGCGAGAGGAGGAGAAAUCUCAAGACUCUACAAAUUACAAUGAAUGGGUUAAGAAUCUUAUUUCUCCAGACAUAGGCGUGGUGUUCUUCAAUGUUCCUGAGAAGCUACGUUUACCAGAAUCAAAUCUGAAAGUGAAGCGCAGCAUUGAAGAAGCUUCGUUGACUCUGCAGUUGCUUAACAAACUAGGCAUCAAACCAGAGCCAUUGCUACGUGUGGUCUGCAACACAAUUGAAGCCAUUACAUUGUUCCACAAAAUGGGAGUGGGCAGGUUAGACAUGUAUAUUCUGAACCCUGUGAAAGACAGCAAAGAGAUGCAAUUUUUAAUGCAGAAGUGGGCUGGAAAUAGCAAGGCCAAAACAGGAAUUGUGUUGGCAAACGGCAAAGAGGGUGAAAUAUCUGUCCCCUAUUUGACGUCAGUUACAGCUCUGAUUGUGUGGCUUCCAGCAAACCCUACAGAAAAGAUAGUUAGGGUGCUGUUUCCUGGAAAUGCCCCUCAAAACAAGAUUUUAGAAGGACUGGAAAAACUGAAGCACCUUGACUUCCUCCGAUACCCUGUCGCUACACAGAAGGACAUUGCUACAGGUGCUCCUACACCCCUUGUUAAACAGAAGUUGAAGCACAGAAGUGACAGCAAAGAGAGCCUUAAAUGCUCCUCCAAGACAACAGCAGCAAAAGCCAUGAAAAAAGAUAUGGACACCCAUGAAGAGACAGAAGUUCCUGAAGAAGUAAAAGGUGACUCUGUUAAGGAGAGUGUUGUAGAGAAAGAGGAAAAAAAAGAGGAGAAAAAGGCAACUAGAAUUCACAAAACUAAAACAGAUAUGCCAGAGAAGAAGAAAUCUCUCAAAGAAAAAUCCCUUAAAAAAAACUUAAAGGAAAGACUAUCAAAAAUGGAAGAGAAGAAGGAACAGAAGGAAAUCAAGAAAAUUAAGAAAGAUGAGUACACAAAGCCUGACGAGAAGAAAAAUGUGAAGGAUAGAUCUAAACCUGAGCUCAGGAAAAUGACAAAGCCGGAUCUUAAACCGCUUACACCAGAAGUAAGAAAGACACUUCAUAGAGCCAAAGUGUCAUGUAAACCCAAGAGUGGGAAAGUCAAACCAACAAAGUUGAGUGGAUCUGGUGAAGUAAAGCUUGAAGAAGCCAAACUUCCAACUCUUCUACAAGAACAUACACAAAUAAAAGGCACAAAUGAAAUGGCUGAACCUGCACCUGAAGAACCCAACGAGGACCAUGAGAAACUACAAAUAUCUGAUGACACGAGAAUAGCUGGACCUCCUGAAAUAGCUCAAUGGUCGCCAGAUUUCCAUGCAGAUCAGGAAAUACAAGAAAUUGAACUUGAAGUUCUAAGGUCCACAGAACAAACAUUGCCACACAAAUCAGAGGCAGAACCUAUUCACAAAUACCAGUUGCAACAAGAGAGAAAACAGAGCCAUACCUUUGAGGAUGAGGCUGGUGCUUUCCAGGUGGCAGCAGAGGAAGAAGGACAGAAGGUUGGACCAGCUGUUGAAAGAAAGACUGAAGAGGAGGAAGAACAUUUGGCAAUUGAGGUGUACACAGAUGAGUGGAAAGAGAGCAAAUAUGAUGGUAAACAUGGAAAAUUGGAAAAAAAUGAUAAGUCUGACCUUUUGUCAGGAAGGUUAGAGGAAUUUGAAAUAUGUCAUCCAAAGGAUGAUGAGGAUGAAGACGAAUGUGUGGAAAAAGCUGAACUUGAAGAGGUUGAAGACCUUGAUGCAAUAGCAGAUGAGGAGGCAAAAGAUGAUGUGGAGAAAGUGAAAGACAAAAGAAAAAAUGUUCAUUCAUUCAAUGAGCCUGGGCAGAAGGUUCAGAUGACUGCAGAAGUUCAUGGAGCUGAAGGAGUGGAAGCUGUGUUCUGUGUUCAGGCGAUUCCAGGAUUCUCAGAGACUGAACAAACCAUCUCUGACGAGGAGAUCAAUGAGGAAGUCGAGGAGAGGAUUCCACAUCUGCACUAUGACGUUAGUGCCUAUGAUGGCUCUGCCCCUGAUCAAACUAGAUCAUCUGUAUAUAUCUAUGGCAUGCAAGAGCCACAAGCAGCCGCGAUGCUUGGUAAAUGUUUCAUUCAAGGUGAGCAAGAUCAAGUGUCUUUGUUUACAAGUAUCAUGCGUGUUCCACUUGCUGAGGAAGAGCACGUGUCAUCUGUCACAUCCAUUACGGAGGUUGACAAAAUCUCUCAGCCAAUUUCUAUUGCAGAGGACCAAUCAGUUGCAUCUGUCACAAUUGCAGCUCAUGAACAACCGCCAUCAUUGAGGUUUGAAGAUAACAACCCCUCCCUCUCUUCAACAGCUGACUCACAUCUGUCUGUGCUGGAGAAAACAUUAGCUGGAAUGGUUGAAAGUGAUGUUUUUGAAGAUGAGGAAGAAAAGGAUGAAGAAAGUAAAACACCAAAUGAAGAAAAAAAUCAAGAAAGGGACACCACAUCUCACUUACGAGACAAGAACGAUGAGGGGCUUGCUGGCACUGACUAUUUUGCCUCAAAAACUGCAGUGAAUUCUAAACCUGUCAAGUUACCAAUUGAGGAGAGUAUUGAUGGAACUGGCAAACCCCUCUCCUCAAUUUUGAUAACUCAACAUUCUGGUUCGUCAUUGGUUACAGCAGAAAGUGACGCACACUGUCUCAGUCCAGAAAAAAAUACUAUGAACAUCACAUCAUCCUCACCUAUUAGCCAUGGACCACCAAGUGCAACUUAUUCUCCAGGGCAUCAGUCACAAGUGGAGACCAAGACAAUGGUGGUGCUAGACACAGUAUUGAAAAAGCAAGAACAAUCUUCUUGUUUCGCAACAGCUGCAGGAAGCAAACGCGGCACAGAAAAUGUAGCAGUGAUAGAAGACUCCAGUGAUGAAGAUGAUGUUCUGACUUCUACAGCCAAAUCAGCUAACACACACCUGAAAGGUGGCCAUGUUAUGGUAGUGCCAGAAAUGGACAAAUAUUUGUCCGGUGUUGAAGGUGAGACAACUGAUGCAGCAUCAAAUGUUCUGAGAGAUUCUCAGACGCUAGAAGGCUUGAGUCUGGAUCAGAAACCAGACGUAGACAGUCAGACUCACCACCAUGAUAAAAUAAAUGAAGUUCACAAAAAAGACAUGGAGGAUUUUACUACCACAGUGGCUAAGACGACUGAAACAGAAGCUGGAUUUGAAGAUGAGGCUGCACCUGUGGAUGCAGAAAGACAAGACUUGAGUUUUGACUGUAAUAAAGAACUGGAGCUUGUCUGUAUCAAAACACUAGUCACCAUCGAAACCGCAGAUGUAGAGGCUUCAGACAAAAUGGAUGGAAGAGCGAUGAAUUUCAUUGAUCCAAGGACUAAACCUGUGGAACCAAUGGAAUGCAAAACAACGAAAGAUGAUAUGCUUCAAAAAACUGUGGAGGAGGAGGAGGAUGAGAGAGCAAAAAUAAAUGAACAAAAUCUUUCUCAUCAACAAGUUGGAGAUAAAAACUGGGAGACAGAAAUUGAUCAAAUACAUGCCGAGAAUGAGACAAUAAAGCAGACUGAAAUCAGUGUUUGCACUCAUACUAAAAUCUCAAAUAAUGCCUCUCAAGAGAAUGCCAUCAUUUGUAAGGAUUCUGCAUCGACUGUGGCUUCAACCACCCAAGAAGAACAUCACCAAAUGAGUAUCGAGAAAGAUGAAACGAGCAAAGACCCAAGUGCCAUUACACUUAACCAGACAAGUGAAAUUAUUCUACAGGGAAACCAGACUGAUUUGUUUGGUGGACCCACAGUUGGAAAAGAAAAGAAAAUGAAUGACGGCAAAGACGAGUCCCAAACUACUGAGUUAAUGGAAGAAAAAGAAGUGUCUCAUGAGAUUAGAUACAUACAAUUUGAUGAUUUAUCUUCAGUACAUUCAAAAUCAGAGCCAGAGGACAGCUGUGAAGAAACGACUGGAUCGGAAAAAGAAGAGGCUGCUGGCAUGUUGUUGCAAAAGAAAAGUGAAGAUAUCAUUUCCAUCCAAGCCAUCUCAAGCAGUGACAUGAUAUGUGAUGAAGACAAGCGUGGAGUAUGUGCCACUAAUGAAAGAGCUGCAUGUGAGACAGUACAAAUUGAGUCCAAACAUGGCCAUAUUACCAGCAUAGAUUGUCGCGUUGUUGAGAAGCAAGAAGCCAGUAAGGACGUCCAACUAUGUGAAGAAAAAGAAAUGAAAGAAAUGAUGACAAGCGAACAUGACUCUAUGAAAACAGAAAUGACCACUGGUGUAACUACCGAGGUAGACAAAAAGGCUUUGUUAAGUUCAGCGGACAAAGGCGGUGUAUUGGCUGUUGAGAAGGAUGAUGGAGAGAAAGUGAGGGAUAUGGACCACACAGGGAAAGGAGCUGACCCUCAAGGUACAGGUGUCAAGGAAUUAAUCAGUCAGGUGUAUGACAAAGAUGAUGGUGGAACACCGGUGAUUGAGACACAUGUGGGACAGCCAGCCGACACUCAUGAUUCAAAUGCAGACAAACCCGACUCUCUUUUGUCUGAGCAUACAUCCCAAGAUGAACAAAUGACAAAUAUGGACGCAGCUCAGAUGACAGGAACAGACAAAAUAGAUGAUUCACACAAAUCUCUUGAAGAUAUGUGUGAAACUCGUACAACUCAGGAGGAGGAGGUAAAGGCAUCACAAGAUAAGCAGCACGUUGUCCAGACAGAGAACGUAGAGGAACAAAAAACUCAAGAAGGGUCUGAGAAAGAAGACACACAUGCACUUGAUGUAAGCAAUGAAGAGACAAUGCAAAAGGAGUUUGUUUGUGACCUAGAUGGUGGUACAAAGUCAAGGGAGUGUGAAAUAGAAAAUCAGGAGAAAGAAUCAACACUAUUAGUCAACAAAAAAGAAACGUGUGAUGCAGACCGCCCAAGACAAGAGAAAUGGGAUAAUGAGGCGGUGCAGGAGAAAACCUUUGAUAAAAAUGUUGUACUUCUGCCAGAAGGAGAAUUGGCACUCCAAUCACCAACUGAAGAUAAAGACAAUGAUGAAGAAAAGGGGUUAAUUUGUACAGGCCAAGCAGGAUCUUCAGCUGUAGCUCAGUCUGAACAUAGCAUUAUACCUGACUCAUCUCAGACAAAAGAUGCUAUCGUCAUUCCUAUCAUGCAGCAACAUUCAGUCGGAAAAGAAUUUGACGUUGCAGAAACAUCUGCUGAUGAUGGAGCAACAGUGACCUCUGCCCAUACAACCAAAGAAGACCCAAUCUCGCAAGAUUGUGCAAGUCAACAAGAAGAUGCAGCUAUUACCAAAACUGUAUCAUCAGCACUGCCUUCAACGACAGAUGGUGUUAAAGCUUUAUCAAGGACAUUCAUUCAACUCGGAAGCGGCACAGAGUCUGACUCAGAUACAAAAACUGAUCAGGUCAGUCAGGAGUCUAAAGAUCACAUUCAGGUAUGUCAAACCUUUGGGAAGGAAGCAGAACGAGAAAUGGAAGGAGAAAGAGAUGUGGCGUCUCCAGGACUAUCCCAGCCUUCAUAUUCAAUGUUGGACAAAGUAUCAGGUGAGGAUAAUAAUAAUGGUCAUUUUAAUGACGAAAAGGAAGAUCUUGCGAAUGAGAUAACAGACGAAAAGAUUGUUGGCAGAGAGGUGGAAGAACACAAGACCUCCAAAUAUGAUCCGGAUGAGAAACCCUGUCCAGAUGAUAACAGGGGAGCAGGCCAGGCAGAUUUCAAAGGUCCUGUCUUCAACUAUGAUAACUACUGCAAGGAGCAGUCCCUGUCUUUCUGCAGAGUUGACUAUAGGCUGGUGUCCCUCAAUGAGAAUCGAAUAAGCCACCGUCCAAGUGCCACAACAUCAUAUGAUGACCAAGAGAAAUGCCAAGAAGGAGAACAUGAAGGCACGGACAUAACAUAUGUUGAAAAGAUCAUCACUUUUGAAGACGUUCCAGACAACAAAAUUUCCGAGACUGAAGAGCUAUCGUCUCAUAGACCCAAAGAGGACAAACCAGAAAAGUCAGAGGAGGAAAAAGGGGAUGCUUUAUCAGCUCUGGGAGAAAGUGCAACAAGUGGUCAGAUUGUAGUUUGUGGAGCAACAGGAAAGGAAGCAACAACGUUGCCUGUAAAUGAAGAAGAAAAGGUCGACACCACUGAUCAGGAGAGCUCAGGUUCUGGCUGGCACUCAUCAGCAGAAAAGAAUACUCCACCAGUAUGUGAAAGUGAGCACCGAGUAGAUUCAAAAAGAAAAUCAUCUCCAGGAGAAUUUCAAGAAAACCAAUUGGAAAACUAUGAUUCAUAUUCUGAUAAAAGUCAGGCCAAGCAUGGCCUUUCUGAAGAAAAUGAAACUCCCAUCAACAAAAAGAUGCUCGUGGAGAGUGAAGAUUCAAAUGCAGACCAUGGUCACAGAGAUUAUGAUGAUAAUGAUGGUGGUGGUGAUGAUAGUAAUAAAGGGGCAAGUUUUAGUGGUGUAGAUGUGGAAAAAGGUGCAAGGGAGCUGUCUGAAAAAGAACUAUGCUGGCAUUAUGUUGAUGAUGGCACGACACCAGUAGGCUCAAAUGAAACAUGUCCUGAGUUGAGUGCCACUGAAGAGCAGAUUUCACCUGAUGAUAACAAAGACAUUGCAAUAGCUGAGCCCCCGGGUAUAGCCGCUCCAACCACUCAAACAAAACCUCAACAAAGCCAACUGGGAGAGCCAGACAAAACAGCUACUAAUUUAGAACCGAUCGAGAUGAUUGAAGCAAAAUGGGAUGAUCAAACUAUAUCUAGUUCAACAACAAGUCAAGUCGUGAUGGAGACAUGCCCAAAGGAUGAUCAGAUGGAAACCACAGUUCAUACAGAUAUACACCAAGAAAGUGAUUCAGACAUCAAGCAUCAGCAAGAUGAGUACAUGGUAGUGACUAAAACUGCUCCUGGAAAACCAUCUGUUGACUGUAAACUGCCACCUUUUGCUUCCUCAACCACAAAACCAUCACUAAUUUCAAGCCCUGAUGCACAAGAGAGUUCGUCAUCAUUACAUGUUUCUGCCGACAUCUCUAUUGAUACGGGCGAGAUGGAAGAGGCCACUAGAGAUAAGGUGCCAGACCAUUUUCAAGAAAGCAGAAUGCAAUAUCAAAUAGAAUCUCAGCAACCUGCCAUGACUGAACAAAAACACAUACAGCAUGUCUUAGUGACACAACAGGAUGAAGUCAAAACCACUUCAGAUGUGGAAGAAAGAAAAUGUGUCAGCUCAACAAUUCUGUCCAAACUGGAAGUAAUGGACCCUCAACAAGUCUUCCGGGAAGCAAACCUAAGCAAAAGCGACUCUGAAGAAACCUCAAGGGAAAAAACACCUGAUCCAGAAGACAAGAUUGAAAGUGAUGACACAUUAUUAGAAUCACAAAUAGAAGGAAAGGAACAACAGAGCCAACGGGCAAUGAAGGGAAUGGAAGGAGAGGAUGGAAUGGUUGAAGAAGUUCAAAUUAAAGAGGGGCGCAUUUCACAGGGAACACCAGAGAGGAUGGAGACAAGAAGAAGAAGCAGUUUAUCAGAUUGGGAGCUGCUGCAAAAGCCUGAUGACUAUCCAGGUGAUCCUCUCUCUGAGUUCGGUGAUGAUAAUGAAGAGCAAAAAGCCUAUGAGUGGUUGGCCAGUGGCUGCAGCACCACUCUGGAAAUGUGUCACUCAGAAACUUUAAGUGAAGACAUGAAGACUUCUUGCCCACCAGACUUGAACAUCUCAGCACCAGUUCACACUUCCUGUGACAACAAUCAGGUGUCCACUGAAGAGGUUGAGGAAGACUGCAGCAGUAGAAGCUCACAGAAGGAAGUCCAGGGCUGUCACGACCAACACUCAGUGAAGAGAAAGUCACAUAAGAAAAGCCAACAUCUCUCAGAUGGUGGGCAGCAACCAUGCAGUACAAUGGCAACGCUUGCAGGAGAGGAAACGCCUCUGACAUCAGCCAGUGAGUCAAUGAAUUCACACUCAGAUUCUGAUGUUCCACCUGAGACAGAAGAGUGCCCAUCCUUAACAGCUGAGGUAAACCUAGACUCGGAUGAAGACGCUGAACAUCUUCCAGUGGAUAAGUUUGGUGACACAGGGCACCAUCCACCCUCAUCGAGAACAUCUCAGCAGUUUGAUGACCCCCUCCCCAGGUCCCAAAAGGACCCUAUCCCUCAUCCUCCUAAUCCAGACGUAUGUAUGGUUGAUCCAGAGGCUCUGCUCAACGACCACGCAGGGGCAGACAAGCCCUUUAAGAAACAUUAUAAGAGUCCCAAGGGUCCCAGAAAACCAAAAUCAGCAUCUCCUGCUCAAAAGAACAGCAGAAUAAAGUUUUCAACUCCAGCAAAAUCAAGUUCAAGAGACACACCAACAGUGACCUCAUUUCAAAAAAAGGACACAGAAAGAAGCUCAAGACUGAACAGGUCAUCAGAGACUCAUGGUUCAAGAGGCGAGCUCCCAAACCCAGGAAAAGCCUUGCUCAGUGGCUCAAAAACCAGUUCAGGUAACAAUUACCAGAAAUGCAGCUCUUCUGUCCCGCCUGGUGCACCAGUCUAUGUCGACCUGGCUUAUGUGCCCAAUCACUGCAGUGCGAAGAAUGUGGACCAAGAGUUUUUCAAGAGAGUUCGAGCUGCUUAUUAUGUCCUGAGUGGUAAUGACCCAAGUGGAGGAGAGCCCAGCCGAGAAGUCCUGAAUGCCUUUCUGGAGGGAAAAGCGCAGUGGGGCUCAAAUCUGCAGGUGACCCUCAUCCCAACACAUGACACAGAGAUGACUCGGGAGUGGUACCAACAGACCCAUGAGAGGCAGCAGGAUCUCAACAUCAUGGUUUUGGCCUCGAGUAGCACUGUUGUUAUGCAGGAUGAGUCAUUCCCUGCCUGCAAGAUUGAAUUCUAAACUGGGCGAUAUCUCUCUUUAUUUGACUAGCAAGCAUUAUUACGUUAUUAAUACUCCCUCAUGACCAAAGGAAGUUUUCAGUUAUAUAUAUAUAUAUAUAUAUAUAUAUAUAUAUAUAUAUAUAUAUAUAUAUAUAUAUAUAUAUAGAGAGAGAGAGAGAGAGAGAGAUUUCUAGUAGUGUUACUUUACUAGAGAAAUAGGCUAAGCUCAAUGAUGAUUGGUUAAGUUUGGGAACAACAAGAUAAGUGAGACUUAGUUUUGUACUUGUAUCUUUUUAGAGCCCUCCUGAAGUUCAAUAAGCCAUCCUUCUUACACACUUGCUUAACUGCUGCAUGUUGCCUGUGAUUUCUCCUCUAACAGCCGGAGCUUGGACUCCAAUACAACUGUGACUCGAUCUAUAACUUGAGUGCUUGUUCUUUCCUUUUGAAGCUUUCUUGAAACCCCUGUAUCAAUCAAGGGGUCUUUGUUUUGAGAAUGACUUCCUGUGUGGUAAAAUGUUAUAAUAAUAUUCUCUGCUUUGCAGUGAUGGGAUGACAAAUGUAGCAAUGGUCGUCACUUCCCAUCACCGGCGACAUUGUCCCAUUAGUCUUCAGUGCGGCUGUGUUCCUCUGUUGUGCAAUUAGCUUGUAGUGUAGGAGACAUCAAAAGACUGUUGUCAGGUGUUUUAUGUGAGUAUCUGAAGAGACUUGAAAAACAUUACUGUUAUGAGUUGAAACUUUGCAUAAGGGGCCCUAUACUGCGUUUCAGACAUAUGAUGUGACCGCCCGUACUUACACCGACAGAUUCUCUCCUUACUACAUGCUAAUGUCCACAUGGUGAGGUUUGACACAUAGCCGUUACGCAACUAGCAUAUCGGGAUCGAAACUAGGUGGUCUCGGGUUGUUUUUUUUGUUUUUUAAUGGAUUUGAAAUUGGCCUCUGUUGCUUUAUGUGUGACGGGGCAGAAUGAUAAGACCACCUCUUAAAACAUCGAAAAAGAAAAAGCUGACUGGCUUUCAUUUUUAAAGUUGUAUAAGUUGAUACUGUACAUCAUAAUGUGUUCUUUGGAGAAUAUUUAACUGCGCCAGUGAAUCAACAGACAUGAAUGUAAUUACCGAUCAAAAAACAGAACACACUUUUCAUUUAGAUUAGAGUAACUGAAAAGAGCUAACUAUGUUCUAUGUGUGCUACUAUAGCUAUGUGUUCUAGUGACUGUUGUGGUCGAGCGCAGGGCUGUGACUGUGAGGCUCAAUCCCUGACCGAUCACUACAGAGUUGGCGUGAAGUUAGCAGGAUAGGAACCCUUUUAUUUAGGAAAACAAUGGAAUUUCUUCAAACCACUUUGUUUGUCUAGCAUUAAGACUUGUGUUUCAAUAAAUUCUUAGUUCACACUAAAAGGUUUUAGCCACGAUGAAUGUCUUAAAAUAAAGAAUGCAGCAAUAAGAAUGUGCUUCCAGAGAAACCAGUUGUUCCCUGGGGUGACACUGCUCAGCGAAGUGGGUGAUCGGGCUAAGAGGUUGCUGGUUAAAUCCUAAGUUGACAUGUAUAUGUGUCGAGUCCCUGAGCAAAAUACCCGUUCAGCAUGCUGCAUUGUAGCCUACUGCCAUGAAUGUAAGCUAGUGUGCACAAAUGAGUGACCCAGUGUGAAGUGUUCUGAGUGCUGGAUAAGCCUAAGAAGGACUCUAUUGGGCCAUUUGCCAUUUGAAGGAAUGGUCAGUUUUUGAGUUAAAGCACAGUGUGCUUCAUCAGUGAAUAUAUUCAUCAGGUAUCAGGAAUGUUGCUAUAAAAAGCAUUAAAAUACUUCAUAUAUUUCCUUUUCCAUAUGGAUAAGUCCUUUUUCAUAGUAGUCUUGAACUUACGAGGGUUUCUUGACACUGACCUCAUUGCUGAUUUAAGUUGACAGAGAAAGGUUUUAUUUAGAUCAAGCAUGAAUAAUGAGCACUGUUGACAGAAUGUGGUUGUUUGUGGAGAUACAACACACACACACACAGGCAGUUUGGAUGAACUGAGCGUGCAGCGAGAAUGUUACCUGUAGUUGCAGGAGAGCAGAGAUUUUCUAUUUGAGGGUUAGGCAGCUAUACGUUGCUUUUAACCCUUAUGGCACAGAAUGAAUGUAUGUUUAUAGUUAUAUAGAACAUAUAGAUACUGUACAUAUCACACUCCUUUCAGUCACGUAGACUGGACUAUAAUAGCAGCGGAAGCAAGGAAGUCAGAUAGUUUUGCACAAGUUUUCGAGUGGGAAAAGAUAGUGUACGAUAGGUCAGAUCCAUUGAAGAUGAAGGAUGAAGAUCGAAAUGUGAUGAAAGACGAAAGGAAUUCUUUGAUCAGUUGAUGUGCUUAGAGAGAUAGAGCGAGUGAAGGACAGUCGGGUAAUUCGGAUUAUGAAGGUGAUGUCUGUAAAUGAGGAUUGCUCAACGGUAAUUUAAGAGUUGGGAGCAAGUUGGGUUUUGGCCAAUCGAGACUUACCCAUAGGAUUAUGGAGGAGCAGAGAACAAUGAUGUUCAGUUGCCGCAGGUAGUACAUCCUCUGGUGUGUGAGAAAAGAGCGACCUUUGUCUGGAACAUGGUCUCACAAUGAACAUCAAUGCAUAUUUCUUUCGUUAAUUCAGGAUUUACAAGUCAAAUUGACUGGCCUACUGGUCGGUGUACAAAGGGUUGUAAAUUACACCACACCUAAGGGAUACAUGGCUUUUCAGCUGAGCUUAGUUAGAGAAUGGUCAAGUAAUUUAUGCUAAUUAUUGCUUCAAACUUGUCUCAACACUGAGAAUAACUAGAAAAGCGAUGCAUAUCUUUCUGCAUGUAAAGUGUUUAUUGAUAAACAUGAAUGUAAUUGGUAAACAUGGACUUAUUAAGCAAACGCUGUCUCAUGAAGUGCAAUAUAUUUGAAUUAAACGAACAAAUAAAGCAAAUUGUCUAACUAGGCUACGCUGUUAUGAAGAAAACCGCCAUACUGGUACUUUUGUUGGCUUUCUGUGUUUUCUGCUCUCUAAAAUUCUUGGAUUCAUCUUCCUCUGCACUAUUUCCCAGCUCUCUUUCAGUAUUAACUGGAAACUGGAAACUAAGCAUAUUUGUUGUAAAAGGGAAACGGCCUGCAACCUGCUGAUCAAUUAAAGUUCAUUCAAAC